UACACUAGUUUGUCCCUCGCUGCCUCCGGUUCGCGCCUGUUCUUUCCCACGGGGCGGAGACGAGUGGGUAGAAUUGAGAGCUGGGGCGGCCACCGAGCUUGGGUGACCCGUAGCACCUUGGCCGAAGUGGCGGCGCUAGGUGGGGCAGUCGGAACCGAGAGGAAGGAGGUGCUAGUGUGUGAUGGCGGCGACGACCUACGAGCGGCUGAAGCUGCAUGUCACUCCUGAAAAGUUCUACGUGGAAGCGUGUGAUGAUGGAGCUGAUGACGUGCUCACCAUUGACCGCGUCUCCACAGAGGUCACCCUCGCAGUCAAGAAAGAUGUUCCUCCUUCCGCUGUCACUAGACCAAUAUUUGGUAUCCUGGGCACAAUCCACCUGGUGGCAGGUAAUUAUCUUAUUGUCAUUACCAAAAAGACGAAAAUAGGUGAAUUUUUCAACCAUGUAAUCUGGAAAGCAACAGAAUUUGAUAUUCUUUCUUAUAAGAAGACAAUGUUGCACUUAACUGAUAUCCAGCUGCAAGACAAUAAAACAUUCCUGGCGAUGCUGAACAGUGUCCUGAGUGUGGACGGCUUUUACUUCUCCACCACCUAUGAUCUGACCCACACCUUGCAGCGGCUGUCCAACACAAGUCCAGAGUUCCAAGAGAUGAGUCUCUUGGAAAGGGCAGAUCAGCGGUUCGUGUGGAAUGGUCACCUGAUGAGAGAGCUGUCUGCACAACCAGAGGUCCAUCGGUUUGCUCUUCCAGUGCUGCACGGCUUUAUUAACAUGCACUCGUGUUCCAUCAAUGGGAAAUACUUCGACUGGAUCCUCAUCUCCAGGAGGAGCUGUUUCAGAGCCGGCGUGCGCUAUUACGUCAGAGGAAUUGACUCUGAAGGCCACGCAGCUAACUUCGUAGAGACCGAGCAGAUCGUGCACUAUGCCGGGAGCAGGGCCUCCUUCGUCCAGACUCGAGGAUCAAUCCCCGUUUUCUGGUCCCAAAGACCAAACCUCAAGUACAAACCGCUGCCACAGAUCAGCAAAGCAGCAAAUCACAUGGAUGGCUUCCAAAGGCAUUUUGAUUCACAAGUAAUUAUUUAUGGAAAACAAGUCAUAAUCAACCUGGUGAACCAGAAGGGCUCAGAGAAGCCACUGGAACAGGCAUUUGCAACCAUGGUGUCUUCCUUAGGCAAUGGGAUGAUCAGAUACUUUGCCUUUGACUUCCAUAAGGAAUGUAGACAUAUGAGAUGGGAUCGACUAAGUAUCUUAAUGGACCAAGUAGCAGAUAUACAAGAUGAGUUAGGUUAUUUUCUAGUAGACUCGGCCGGCAAGGUGGUGACGAACCAGGAGGGUGUGUUCCGCAGCAACUGCAUGGAUUGUCUGGACAGAACUAACGUCGUCCAGAGCCUGCUGGCGCGACGUUCGCUGCAAGCCCAGCUGCAGAGACUGGGAGUUUUGCAUGUGGGACAGAAGCUUGAAGAACAAGAUGAAUUUGAGAAGAUUUACAAAAACGCCUGGGCUGACAACGCAAAUGCUUGUGCCAAACAGUAUGCGGGAACCGGUGCCUUGAAGACCGACUUUACCAGAACUGGAAAGAGAACGCAGCUGGGACUUCUCAUGGAUGGCUGGAACUCACUCAUACGCUACUACAAGAACAACUUUUCCGAUGGAUUCAGACAAGAUUCCAUUGACCUCUUUCUUGGGAACUAUUCAGUGGAUGAAUUAGAAUCUCACAGUCCUUUAAGUGUUCCAAGGGACUGGAAAUUCCUGGCUUUGCCGAUCAUCAUGGUGGUCGCCUUCUCAAUGUGCAUUAUCUGUUUACUUAUGGCCGGUGACACCUGGACAGAGACGCUGGCCUAUGUGCUCUUCUGGGGAGUGGCGAGCAUCGGGACAUUUUUUAUUAUUAUUUUCAAUGGCAAAGAUUUUGUUGAUGCUCCUAGACUGGUCCAGAAAGAAAAGCUAGACUGAAUUUGUGUUUGUGGAAAGCGGCUCGGCUUGGAAGAGUCCAUGAUACAGAGCUGGAGUCUUUACUGACCCGCUUUCCACAUGAGCGCAGGUCUUUGCAAAGCCUUUGCCAAAAACCCCUUCUCCUGCUGCGCAAAGCCAGGGACUCUGUGUUGAUCUGAUGUCCUGGCCCCGAUGAUCUCGUGACUCGGGACAGUCACAUUUAUGAUUUGAAGCUGUAUGGCAAUUGAAAUAGAGCCUGAAUUCAGCCCACAGAAUGAAGGAAUCUGUUCACUGUCGAGUUAAUCAGCUGUUGUGGAUAAGUAAUAUAUUUUAAAAACUUAGCUUCUUUCAUUGUUUAAAACUGUAAAAUUAUUUUUCUAGCUCAAUUUCAUUAUUGUCACUGUGGAAGCAGUCACUGUUAGCAGGCGUCUCUCUCCACAUCUUUGGACUUUUCUUAGAAGCCUGAUCAUGAACCAACUGUCCUGUGUGUGUAAGGCAUGAGUCUCACACAGUCGGCAGCCUGGUGAGCCAGCCUGUGCCUGUGGGUUUGAGGAGUGGGGACCCCGGGCUCUGUCAGUUCCUGCGCCGCCCCUGGACCUUAAUGCAUGCUGACGUGGUUGCACCAGCAUUUAAACGUGGUGGAAGAGUUGACGGAUACUUUAUCUUUUAUAAAAGGCCUAAAUGAAAUCAGAAGAAUGUAAAGCUGUCUCCUCUGCUAAAGGCACGAAGCGGCCUCUCUCAAAAGGGUGGCCCCAUUGUGGAGAACGCACGUCUUGCCAGUGGCUUCCUCUGACCCUUCGCUGGCCUCUUGAGGGCCUUGUUCGGGGCCUGAUCCUAGCUUGGGGGCCACAGCUGCCAUCGCACGCAUGGUACCUUUGCUUUCACUCUGGCUCAGGCUUUGCUCAGUAAGUCUGUCAGGCUCCAUGCUUCUUGGUAGUUACAGUCUCCAAAUCAAGGACCAACUUCAUGUGAAAAAACCCCCUGAAAAAUAAUGCUUCAGAAACUGUGCAUAGUUGUAAGAUUGUAUAUUCAAACUGUAAUUACGAAGUUUAGAUAUCAGAACAGUAUAUAAGUAGUAUAAUUACCACUAUUUUAAAACAAUUUAAUGAAACACUGCUAUACUGUUUCAGCAUUGUGCUUGAAAAUAUGUAUAAUACCUUAUGUUGUCCUUAAAUAUUUCUAAAAGCGCCUUUAUUUUAACCUUUUUUUUUUAGCAUUAUCUUUUAUAAACAGUAAUAAGAGUUGUUGCUUUUAGAAAUGCUAAAGGAAAUAACAUCUGGGGAACCCUGCAUUGCUUUAAAUCAGUCAUUAAACCCAGAGCAGGGUGAGUGGCCAGAACCACCUGCUCUUAAUGUGUAAGUAAGCAGCAUUUGCUCCAAAGACAGACCAGUGGCCCUUAGCUCCUAUCUGCUGUGAUGUAACACCCUAGUGCCCCAGAUGCUUCACAGCCAGAGCUGCACAGCUCAGCUGCAGCACAGACCAAAUCUGAGCUGCUGGUGCAGUCGGCUGCCUGCUGGCUGUGGCCUGAUCUUGCUGUGUUAGGUCGCAGCUGUCAGGAUUUGAGAACCCUGUCAUGAUUUUAUUUAAUUCGUGUACUGUACAUCCGUAAGUGAAAAUAAAAUGUCGUAUUCUUUUGUAA